UUUUAUAGAAGUGGCCAGGAGCAUGACUCCAUUCUUCCUUGCCAUUUUCGUGCUCGGCCUUUCAUCCGUGGCCGUCACCGCCAACUUCACUCGAGUCUUCGAGUGGCCCGCUGGAUUGGACUACGAGUGGCCCUCCGAGGCGGGCAGGACGCAGGCCUUGGAGGACGGAACUUUCAAACCAAACACGAUCCAACCUCUUUUCAUGGCCGUGCACGGAGGACGGAUCUUCAUCAGCCUUUUAAAAUGGAUCGGCACCGGCGUUCCCGUCACUCUGGUCACUUUGCCGACCACAAACACGUCCUCUGUGCCCCCGAAACUCACUCCAUAUCCUUCUUGGGACAUGCAUGAAGAGGAAAACUGCAGCAAAAUCCAGAGAGCUCACGGGCUGGAAGUGGACGCCGUUGGACGGCUGUGGGUGCUGGACAGUCCGAGCAAAAAGUGUCCAGCUAAACUGUGGAUCUUCAACCUGGCCGACGACACACUGCAAGACACGCACGAGUUCACCUUCAAAGCGAACCUGCACGACCUGGUGCUGGACGAGACGCCGGACGGAUGGUUUGCCUACAUGACGCGCACGGGCGCACAACACAUCGUCGUCUUCAGUUUGAAGACCAAGGAGACGCGGCUCGUGGAAACGCCCGCAUUGCAAUGGACUUCAAUCGCCCUGAAAAAGGAACCGAAACAGCUGUACCUGAGCAGAAACAACCUCUAUGACCUAUAUUCGGUUUCCGUGGACGCCCUGAUGCGCGAUCAAACUGCGAAUUUGGAAGCAAUCGGAAACUGGAAUGCAUUUUAUUCCUAUCGAAUGUUGAUCGACAGCGCCGGCACACUCUAUUCCGCUUUUCAUGAUCAGAAAUAUAUUUCUUCUUAUAACACUUCCCGGAAAUUUCAGGAGCAGCGUUUUCAUGAGUUUGACAACCUGGACUCUUAUUGGCCAUUCGUUCUUGCCUUGGACCAAAAUGACACUCUGUGGAUGACGGUGUUUGGGCCUGUCGAAUGGCCCAAAUGCAGGCUUUUGAAGGCUGUUGUCUCCGAUGCCUCGCCAGGUGCGGAGUAAAAACUGGCCCUGGCUGCCACCACGGCACCUGCAACCCUGGGAGGCUUUGGACCUUGAAAACGAGUAGUUUUUCCAAUGUUUAUUGAGCUUUAAAUAAAAUUCAAAAACCUGAUUGUAGUUAAA